ACCAGGCGAUGGAGAUCCGCCGUUAAAGAUUUGGGGAACUGGACUCGGUCGGAAUUACGCCAAAAUUACGACGGGAAUCAAGUACAGUUCCCUGUCUCCCGGCAACGGGAGAGACCACCGGCCGCUCGUGAUGUCUCGUGCCAAGGAGCGGCUGAAAGGCGGGAAGGAGACCAAGGACAGCGUCACUCUCCUACCGUGUUUUUAUUUUGUAGAGCUCCCUAUCCUGGCCUCCUCUGUUGUCAGUCUUUAUUUUUUGGAGCUGACAGAUAUUUUCCAACCGGUGCAUUCUGGGUACAGUUGUAAUGACCGCAGUCUGUCGCUACCCUACAUCCUGCCUAGACAGGAAGUCUGCCCACUGCCUCUGCUCUUCAGUUUGGCCUUCGCUGCUCCCACAGCCACUAUUCUGAUAGGAGAGGCCAUUCUGUACUGCUAUCUGUCCAGGAGGUCAUCAGCCACACAGACUGAGGCCAACAUCAAUGCUGCAGGCUGUAAUUUCAACUCCUACAUUCGCAGGGCUGUACGCUUCAUAGGUGUCCAUAUCUUUGGCCUGUGUGUGACAGCACUGAUUACUGACAUUCUCCAGCUGUCCACUGGUCAACACACGCCCUACUGGCUGGAUGUGUGCAAACCCAACUUGACCCACAUUAACAUGUCCAGCUGUGAUGAAGCUUUUAUUCUGGAGGAUAUCUGCUCUGGACAAGACAUCGGGCUCAUCAAUGCUGGGAGGAAGUCUUUCCCCUCCCAGCAUGCAACUCUGGCUGCCUUUGCUGCUGUCUACAUCUCAAUGUAUUUCAACACGGUGCUGACAGACUCAGCUAAGCUGCUGAAGCCUCUCCUGGUGUUUUCGUUCGUCAUGCUGGCCAUCCUGGCUGGGUUAACCAGGAUUAUCCAGUUCAGAAACCACCCUGUCGAUGUCUACUGCGGAUGGUUAGUGGGAGCUGCCAUCGCCGUUUACCUGGGUGUGUAUGCAGUGGGGAAUUUCCAGCCCAGUGAAGAUCGGUCUAGGAGUCGACCGUCUCCCCCCAUCCUGAGAGAGCCCCCCCUCUCCUCCUUGCCCAAUGUCAGCCAAACAGCAGUCAGCAACAGCCACCAAGGCCACCACACCCUGGCUCCCAGCCAGCCAGAGCCCAUCAUCACACGGACCUCUUCCCACACCUUGUCCCCUGACCAAACAGGACCCAUCCUGACACGAAGCUCCUCCUAUCGGGAGCCCUCUCUGACCAAUCUGAAGAGAGCAAGUGCUGAGGUGGAGGUGAUAACUCCAUCCAGUCCUUUAGGCAACCGUGACAACAUGAUGACCUUCAGCAGCAGCACACUGCCAAGGUCCCACGGAGGCUCCUCUUUGGAGGAAGGUCGUAUUCCUCGGCGUCACGCCUCCAUCCACGCCUCAAUGGACUCAACUCGAUCCAAGCAGCUCCUCAGCCAGUGGAAGAAUAAGAAUGACAAUAGGAAGCUGUCCCUGCAGGUGAUGGAUGGAAUAAGACCAGCUUCCUCCUCAUCACCCCAGAGGAACAUGGAGCUGCGUUGCUCCUCUGAACCUUCUGCAAUGGGCCUAGAGGCAGAGCUCCGUGGUGGAGCCCAUCUGCCUUCAGUCAUUGCCCAGGAAGCAGAGAUGCGUGCUGGUGCCCACAUCCCAGCCCAAUACAUGAAGCUAGCAGCCAGCUCUGUUCCUAUGGCCAAUCAUAAUCACAUGGCCCAUAAUGGCAGCACUGGAUUGGCUGGAGGGGCCAGAGUGUCUAUCCAAUCUCGGCCUGGAUCCUCCCAGCUGGUUCAUAUUCCCGAGGAGGAGAACCCCACCAGCAAGGAUCAGGAGAGUGAAUCAGAGGAUAGCAUUAUGGAUGGGGGCGGGUCAGUGAGGGAAAAGUGGCUGAGAGUGGCUGAGAAGACCACCAUCCCCUGCAGGCCUCUCAGUGCUGGAGGACAGCCUCGUCUCAUGCAGGUGAUAGCCUUAUCCAAACAGCAGGGUCUGCUUCACUCCCCUCGGUCGGAGGACGGUGGCAGCACUGUCAGUUGCACUGGAUCCAUCAGGUACAGAGCCCUGAUGGACCAGGACCCAUCACCACCCGCUUCUACAACCGGAGCAAUGGGAGGAGGAGGUUUGGAAAGAACUGGCAGUAUAGUCCGUGUUGAAGCCCACCCAGAGUCCAGAUCAAACAAACCAAUAGUGAAACCUCCUAGCACAGAUGGAAGUGGCUCCUGGCGAUGGAAACCACCGGAACAACGAGCAUCUCUCCGUCAGGCAGCUUUCACCCUCAAUGACCUGAACAGACACACAGACAGCUGUGAUUCACUGAAGGAUGGAGGGUCAGUGGAUGGACGGAGGAGUGUGGCAGGGACUGAAACUGAGAGUGAAGGGGGAGGAGAUGGAGGGAUAGGAGGAAUUGGCGGAGGAGGAGGUUCAUACACAAACCACCCACAUGUUGUACACCCUGUACAUCCCUUACAUCCAAAUAACCCCAACAAUUUCCAGCACCCCAGUUUUAAUCCCAACAACCCCAAUAACCCCAACUAUAACAAUGUUCACCCUAACUUCAACCCCAAUUCUACCAACUGCAACAUGCCAUUCACCCCCACUGCUACCUUUGCCCCUCCUUUCCACCCCCAUCCUCAAGCCAUCACUACCAUCAGAGUCACCCCAGUGGAAGGAACGGCUGCCAGCAGCGAUGGUGGCUCAGAUUGCCAGUCGGUGGCCUCGUCUAGCCGAGAGUCCACCCUGAGGAGGAAGAGCGGCUCAAAUAUCGUCCAUGUCCCUGAGCGAGGGCCCACCCCCGACCUCCACAACAACCACCGUCUAUGUGAUGACAUUAACCGCCUCGACAAUGAGAGCAGCAACCGUUUCCAUGAAAACCUUAGGAGUUUUCAAGAAAACCCCAUCCACCCCAAUCACCCCAACCACCCCAACAGGCAGUUGCAGGGGAUGUUUGGCCGGCCUAGCCCUACCCCUCCCCCUACUUUACCCCGCCCCAUCCUGACUCACACUCCACCUCCUACUCUGGGGUUGGCCUAUAAAGAAUGACAUGCUCAGUGUUGAGUUCAUCCAUCUACAACUAUGAUAAAAAAUUGUCAUACCCAGCCAGUACAAAAAAAGCAGUGGAGAGCUUCAGACUGGGCCACAAAUUAAAGGAUAUUCGGUCGAACCUGUCUAUCACCCAGGGUCAGCCAGUAGGCCAAAAACUCUGUAGUCCUACCCACAACCUCUCACCUCACCACCUUGGGUACACUAGAUGGCCAGUUGUGUCCCCCCAGCCUCCCAGCUGGUUUAGUACCAACUAAAUAAAUGUUGUGUCUUUCUAGGAAACGUACUGUAGGCUUAUAAAAACCUAUUAGCAAUAGGUUUAAGAUCCACUUUGGGUCACAAGUCAUAGACAGUACAAAAACAAUUAAAAUUACAAUUAAAAGACUAUUGUCAUAUAUAUAGUAUAUGGGGUGAGUUGAGUCAACAUUUUUCCUUGUGGGUUUUUUAUUUUGGACUGCUGGAUAAGACAGAUUUUUUUUUGUAAAUCUAAGAAAUUGAGUACGCAUUGAGUAAUGGGCUAAAUAAACUGCCAACUCAGAAAUAAGGACAGCCUCCUUAGUCUGCCCCAUAGCUCCCUGCCAGCGAUGGAUUCAGCAUAAUGACUCUGCCCUGCUUCUCCUAUCACCCUAUGUCAGCUGUGAUGGGAUUACAUUUUUAUCAACAUUUAUACAUACAGUAUAUUUACGGCGUUCAUCCUGUUGUCAAACACAGGUAAUGUAUUGUUACAUAAACUUUAACAGUGUAACCACUUGCCAUUAGAUGGAAAUUGCGUUCAAAGCCCAUAUCUGUGCUGUGUUUGUACAUAUGAGAGUGGGUGACCAGUGGAAUUUCAACCCACAGUCUUAAUUGUGUCUGGGCUACACGGAGUCCCUUUUGGGCAAUAACAGUAUCUCUUAUUUUCAUGGUGGUGUUGUGUUUGUGUUGGGCAAGAUCACUAUCAUGGGACAUAUAUUGUGCUUAAAAUAUAGUACAAGAAGCGCUCUGUUUUUUACAUGCUGUGUUUUCAUGAUGUGCAGUAAUUGAAUUAUCCUUACUGUGUAGUAGCUGUACUGUACACUGACACAUGCAGCAUGUGAAUCAUUUGAACAAACUCAGACCGCACUAAAGUCCAAAGACUGCCUUUUUUGUUUGUUUGUUUGUUUAUUUUACCAACUCAUCAUGUCUCACAGAAUUAUGGGUGUAAUUAUGAUGCAGUAUUUGGGCCACUGUGGAGAAAAAAGGAAAUUUAAUAUUUUAGCAAUAAAGUUGUGACAUUAUUAGAAAAAAAUACAAUGUUAUGAGAUAAAGCUGUAGUUUUAACUGAAAAAAGGACAGUUGCAACUUUAUACAAAAAAAUAAUAUUACACAUAUCACAUAUAUAAAUGUAAUUUUACAAGAAAGUACAAUAUUGCAGCCCUGUGAUAGACCAGCGACCUGUCCAGAGUCUAUCCUGCACACAAAGUUGUCAUUUUGAAGAAAGUCAAAUAUCAAAUCGAUGAAAAAGUAUAAUUUUACAAGAAAGUACAAUAUUACAUAGUCAUUUUAUACUAUAAGUGUGGUUAUAUUUUGAGAAAGACAACGUGUCAUGUGUAUGUUUGCAUGUUUUAGCAUUUCCUCACAGUCCAGUAUAGUUGUUAUACUUCCAGGCAGAAGACCUGUGUUCGUCCUAAAAUCUAUGACAAAAGGAUACUAUGGUAAACCUAACUUCAGAUUCUCAGUGACCCUCAUAGGGUAACAGGCUGUUCUCACCUGUUUACCACAAAAGAUUGUUAGUAUAAAACUGUUUAAACAAUUUAACAUUUUUAUCCUUAUACUGUUUUUCUUAGAAAAUUACAACUUCAUCUUCAUAACAUUGCGACUUUUAUUGUAGGUUUCAACUUUAUUUUUUAAAUGUAAAAUUUGUAUGAAAUUACAAUUACUUAAUUAAUGUAAUAUUAUCACUUUUUCAUGUAUAAUAACAACUUUAUUCUUAUAACUAUACUUUUUUCUCUUUUAAUUUAUCUUCCUUCCCAUUUUUUUCCCCCAUUAACCGUGGCUUUAUUACUCAUAAUCUCAAAUUACCUUGUAUUCUCCUACUGUAAAAUUCCACACUACCUUUGCUGUAGUAGUAUUUUGCAUGUGUGGUUGAAUUCAUAAAGUAUAAAACAUUGUGACAUUCUGACAAAAAUCUAAUCUAAUACAUGUAUGUGUGUGUGUGUGUGUGUGUGUGUGUGUGUGUGUGUGUGUAUGUGUGUGUGUGUGUACACACACACACAUAUAUAUAUAUAUAUAUGUAAAUAACACAAUUUAUCAGAUACAACAUGCCAUAUGCAUUAUUCUGCAGGCAUUACUUAUCCUUUUCUCAGCCCAGUGUUUACAUUCUUUAUUUAACUUAGUGCCCAAGUGCCAUCAAAAAAGAAGUCAUGUGGCUGUGGGCUAGCCACAUAGAUAUACUGUGUUAAUGCAGACUUUGAGCAGUCAGUGUUUUGAUGGAAACCUGUCUGAGAACACAACGAUCCUCACAUUGGCAUCAUGUAGAAUUUAAGAAAGCACAAUUACUACAGCUUGAUAACAGUGUCCAAAUGAUAACUGAAUACAGUGGAUAUUAUAGGUGCUGCUGUGUACCAGCUUUCCCUACUGGUCAGAUUUUGCUUUGCUUAUUGCAUUUGUAGGUGCAGGGUCAUAAUGAUGAUGAUGAUGAUGAUGCUAAUGGCAUUGUAAAGAGCUUAUUGGUAUGUUUUUGCAGGAAUACACAACAGAGAGGUCUUGUAUUGUCAUGUUACAACAUUUAGUAUCAUUAACAUUUAGUAUUAAACUACAGCAUUUUAAUUAAACAGGCUGAUAAAUCAAGAGUAUGUGGUGAAUGUUACAGAUACUUUUUAAUCGCUCUCAACUCAUUUAUAUGUGUUUGUUUUUCUACCUAACAAUGAAGAGUGGACAUGGUUAAAUAAGCUGCAGAGCUCUCACUAAAGUACCCUUAAUUGUCAACCAGAAACUCUGACUAUUUUUGAUGAAAAGGAUUUAAGAAGGUCUCUGUGCACAUUUUUGUUCUGUACUAAUUUUAGCAGAAGGUUUGGAGAGAACAGGCCGUAACUGGAGCGAGUGUUUAGAGUGGUAUAAAGCUGUAGGAGGUACGAGCCUCAUCAUCAUGUUACCUGUAAUGGGGCUUAAAGACAGAAGCAAGCCAUUGUGGAUUAAUUUUACAGCUGAAGGAACUUCUUAAUGAGCUUGGUGCACAGUCAGAGUUUUAUCUGUUCACUCUUGGCAGCACUGAGGAGCCAGGUCUUUUUCUAAUGCCAUUUUAUAGUCUUUUUUGGACCUGACAGUCAACAUUUUCUGCAAAGCAGACAGUAAAUUGUUCCAUAUUUGGUGAUGGAGAUAAUAUUUUGAUAUUAGAGGUAAAAUGCUUUUUUCAAGUAAUUUAAAUUUAGGGUUUACUUUCUCACCAUAAUAUUAUAGACUAAUAUCAUAUGUGUCACCAAGGAUAAUCCAUUGUGCUUGUCCAGUAUAAGAAAUACUUGGCCUGAAUAUUAAAUAAAUGUUUAUGGAGGAUCGGGGCUGAACAUUAGCCAAGUCUUCAGCCGGGGCAGAACAACUCAUUAUCUUUAAAUUGCAUUUUGAGAGAGCAGUUUCCAAGCUGACAGUGUCUGAGAGGUGAAAUAAUUAUUGACAACUGUCACUGGCAAAGGGUUAGGGUUAGUCUUUAUUUGACCAUUUCAUAGUUUCAGCUGCCAACACAUAACCCUUAACCAAAGCUGUUCAACCUGCCUGAACCAUUCGCAAGACUGUCAUAGAGACAGAGUCAUGAAUGUCAUAUUUUCAUAGAUGUUGUUUCAUUUUUGCAUACAAAUCUGUGAUCACAUACAUUUCCUGAUGAAUGAGGACUCUUUUCACAACACGUUGACAUAGUUCACGAUUUUCAAUAACAUGGAUGCUGUGAAACAGUAAACCCUGUAAAAACAAUUAAUCAGAAAAGAGUUACAUCUGUGUGUAGUCUUGAAGACAGAGAAGUGUAUUUUGGUAUGAUAGAUGUGGAAUAUGGUUUCUAAUCAAACAAGAAAUGUAUUCUAGUUUGAUGUCAAAGGCAUGUCAGUGAAGUGUCAUUUCAGUUAAAUACACUGCCCAUACUCAGUGCAAAUAUCUGUACAAAUGUUUUAAAGAGAAUGCCUUAGUUUCAAAGUUGUUCACUUGAGUAUAGCUUUGUGUGCAAGAUGUGGUGCAGUGGAAAUGAGAAUUAGAUUAUGGAAUACUGAUUUGUGUUUGCAAGGAAACCUUUGGAUUAUAGCUUAUUAAGAAAGGUACACAAUCAGUAGUGAACGUACUGGGGGAGGGUUAUAUUCAUAAUUUAUGUUGUGCUGUCUGAGUAUUGAUAUAUGGCUCUCAUCUGAUUUAGUAUUUUUAGUAUUCUAUAAUCCUGUAAUUUAAAAUCAUCAUUUACAAACAGAUGUGUUUUUGAAUUUAGGUAAUAGUAGGAAGUGCAACUUUGUUGAAAGAGGAUUAUGUGUUUUUAAAUCCCUCUGAAAACUAAACUGAUUCCCUAAAUGUAUCACACAAGGCUGCAUCUGUGCUAAAAUACAGUUAGAGUUAAGAGGGGGUGCAGUGUGUCCAAAGCAGAUCUCUGGACACCAAAAUGGAACUGUGCCAAGCUACAAGCACAAUUAUUACAUUGGCACUCCCCUUUAAUGUGCACAUGAUGUCAUGGUGAGCACAGGAAUUAGCAUUUUACUGGCAGACUGUCACUGUGCCUGAUCAUUACCAUCACUAAAGAUGGAACCACUAUCUAAAAUCAGGGUCUAAACCUGAUUUAUCAAGAGGAAGCCACUCUUUAUACACCAUCCUAUUACUUGGCUUUGGACUGUAAAGUAAUGAGAUGUGUUAAUCUGAAAAGGAUUGUAGUAGUUAUAUAUGAUGUGCUAUUUGGGCUAUUAUGUGAAAAUCAAAGCAGUUUUCCACUGCUACGUCUUUACAAAGGUGCCAAGAGAAUUAAAGAGUAGAUUUUAUGUAACUAGGUAAUCCUUAUCUCUGAAGUCUAUCUCAUAAUGCCAUUAGCUAGCUGCAUAAUUAACUUCAGCUUGUAAAGCCUGAAACAUUCAAACAAGUCUUGUUUGUGGCCUUAACAAGUAAAUUUCAGUUUAACUCUUGAUAUUUUUACGUAUAUAAAAUGGGCUUAAGCUUAAGUUUACAUGAGAGUCUUUGGUUUGAGACUGGUAUUGGUUAUAAAGUAGUUAAAAGUGAGUUGCAAUUUACCAGCUUACUUGCAUACAAAGGGCACCUGGGUUGGUGUUACCUGUUAUGCUAGCAGCUAAAUAGCUAGCCUUCAUACUACCUAUUGUUAUACAAUUAAUGGCCUGCUGGUUACAACACAUUUGUUCAUAGAUUUAACCAGCUGGUGAGAGUUUGUCAUAAAAACGAUCAGAUAGACUGAAUGUGAAUGAUCCACAGAUAACUAUUUAAUAACUUUGUCAUAUUUAUAAUAAUCAAUGUUAUUUUGUCAUUUUGUUUCAGUAAAUCUCUAUUGAUAUGAUACAGUAUAUAGAUAUUUUUGAUUAGUGUAUGUGAAAGAUAACUUUUUAUAUCUGCUUGUCAAAGUUAUUGGUAAUUGCCAUUGCAACCAUCUGCACUCACAGUGCAUGGUUGGUAUACCUUACAGUUAGAUCAAGAGGGAAGUCAAAUAUGAUUGACCCUUUGCAUUUCUACUGCAAGCCAAUUAAUGAACCAGCUGCUGGAAUUCUGUUCAUUUUCUAUGACUUUCUGUGGCUCGCCGCUGUUGCCUCACAGCAGACAGGUACAGAUCGGCAUAGCUCCAAGGUCCAAGAACUCACCACAGACAGUGGUUUGGUUUUCCUCAGACGAAGGACUACGAAAUGGCUGUGAACUAUCUGAAUGCUCAAUCUUGGAAUAAGAUAUAUGUUUAAAAAUGUUUGAAAGAAUAGUUCAAUAUUUGGGAAAAUACACUUAUUCUCUGUCUAAGAGUAAUAGGAGGAGAUUGAUAUCAAUCUCAUAUCUGUGCUUUAAACACACACAGUGCUAGAGUUGUUUGGUGGUCAUGGUUAGUCUAUACACAAACAGAGAUGUAAAAAUGACUUUUUUAUUAUUUUUGGGAGUGUAAUGUUUUGUGGACACAAAUUAGUGUAUUUUCCACGAUGUGCCACUAUUUUUCAGUAUGAUAAAGACAGUGCUAUUUGACUGACCUAGAAGAGGACGUCCAAUAGGAUCUAAAAUGAGCAGUUACAGAAAAUACAGAACUGAUUAAAUGAUUUAAAAAUAUCUUAUUGGAUACUUGGUGUAGGUUUAGGUUUGUUUGUUUUUUUUCUAUCAGAUUUCUAAUCAUUUGAAGACAUGAGCUACUAGCUGUUUACAAUGAUCAACAACAGUUACAGUUUGCUGUUUCUAUUGCUGUAAAUAGACAUUUGUAUCUUUAUACUCAUCAGUAUAUCCUGUAUGUGCACCCAGACUGAUGGUAUGGGUUGUUAGCUUCAUGGAAAAUGCUAAUGUUUAGCAUAGAUUAAUAGACAUUUUCAGCAAGGCCUGCAGUCAGUCCACCUACAAAUCCAUCCACUCACAACCUUAACAGACAUGAGUGUUCAGUCUGUAGCCCCCUGUUUUUUUUUUUACAUACCAUAGUUGGCUAAGAGGACUGUCUCUUUUCUGUAAUUACACUGAAACUCCAUUUUCUCCUUUCAGUGGACUGAAUCCAGGCCUCGCAUCUGUUUGGUAUAGUACAAGACUUACCUGCAUUUUGAUAGAACAUGGUAUUGAAAAAGCUGCUGUCAUGUGAAAACCUUUGAACUCUUUGUUAAACCGAGACUAUGUAACUUUAUGUAACUUUUUGAAACUAACAGCGACCUCUGCAGCCACAAAUAGUAAUUACAGGACGCCUGGUCGAGUCAGAGCAGUUAAUGGCACUAGAGGCAGGGUACCCCAAGCAGCUAACAAAUCAUGUAGGGAAAUCAAUUUCUCAUGCUACCAGCAAAAUCAUAAUUUCACUACAAAUAAGCAAUCAUGCUGUCCAGCCAUGUCAAGUCAGCACACAGGUAAUGUGAUUACUGUGACCGAAAACAUCAGAACCUUAGCUCUGCUGACUACAAGCCAGGUUACAUAUUGAUGGGAUAACAAACAAGCAAGCAGCCAUGCCAGUGAAUUAUGUAAUUCAUCAAAUGUGAUGGACUAUCAGUGGUAACAGAAAUGAGGUAGGCUGUGUGGCUUAGUAUGUACGUAUGCCUCCACUGAAUAAAACUCCAACAUUAGUUUACUCCUUUACUCCGAUUCUUGUUAUUCCUGUUAUCCUGUUACUCUCUGCCUUUCUAACUAUUUUCCUCUUAUGUAUAAUGCAUAAUGCUUUAUUGUGGUUUCAUUCUUUUUUGUUCUUAUGUUUUAUAAAAGCAAACUAUAAAGUGACUCCCUAGCCCCACCCACUGCUAUGGAGUUUGUUAUUGGUGACUUUGUUGUUAUGACAGAACCUUUGUUCAUACCUUGUUGCUUGGGGACAGACAUGGCAUAUUUUAGCAGGCACAUCUAGAAAGUGGUUGCACCAUCUUAGAAAACGUAUGAUUAGCAGCUGAAAUGAAAAUAACAGUGGGUUUGAUACUUUAUUUUAUUGCUUGAAAAUUGAAAUUUUUAGAAACACUUCUCUCAUUGUACAAUAGUUCCAUAGUCUCGCUUUAAAGUGUAUAAUUUUCCACAUUGUUUCAUAAUCCAGGAUUUCACAAAAAAUAUUUAUUUGUAUAAAUACAUACCUGUUAAUCCCAAAAGCCACUUCUCCUCUUUAGCACUGUACAGUUUUUUUUUUAGGGUUUUUUUUUGUAUUGUUUGGAAGGUGUGAGAUUUUGACUUUGGAAAUUUUGGACCUUGGUUAGAAACCUGUAGAAGCUGCAGAUUAUGCUGAUAGUUGCAGGAAACAAUGACACACUAACUCCAUUUUCAAAGUGUAUUUUGUCAGUGUUUGUCACAUUUUCAUGCCUCUAUGUGGAAGUUGACUGGUUUGCAAUUGCUUCUCUGCUGUUCAGCUUCAUUAUAGUUGAGAUCUGCUUGCAGCUGCCCUGACCCAUAAAUUAGUCAGUGGUCACUACAGGUUUUUUGUGAAUGUUAGUGUUCUCUACAGCUAUCAGCAUCACUGAAAGAUAGAUGAUACAUAAAACACAAGACAAGAGUAAAAAGCAGAGAGGAAAUGUUAUUUGAUGGUCACAACUUAUAUUCAGUGUGUAUUUAUGAAAUUCAGUACCUGUCUGGUCCUACUCAGUGGCUAUGUUUACAUGUACACUAUUGUAUUCCAUUUUACAGUCCAUUUAUUGCUUUGAUUUUCUGGCUCAUAUACAACAUAUACUAAUACAGUAACAAAAUCAAUUUAGUGUCUUUUCAUAAUCUCACAGGUAAAUUUGCCAACAAACCAAAAGGUGAUUUGGCUUCACAGUGUGUGUAAUACAGCUAACCGCUCAUUCUCUGCUUCAAGAGCAAAUAUAAACAUUUCUACAACUCAGCCUCCAUUUCAGUUUGAAUGUUGCUCUGUACGUUUAAUCUUCAAGACAGGAUUCAAGACAUUCCGGUGUGUCAAAUGAUGUGCACAUGUAAAAAUAGCCUCUGAAAUUGAGUCAUCUCAUCCAUUCUGUGACACUUCCCUUUUUCCAUCUCCACAGACUGGACAGAUGUGUCGACAACAUAACUGUUGGACUGAGGCAUGUCUUCAAAAAACAAAAACAAACAAACAAACUAAAAAACACUACAGCAUUGGGACUAGAAUUAUUUCAGUGUGCCAUUGUAAUGAAGCCAGCAGUGUGACUAUGUUGCUGGCUGACAGUGUGGAUGAGUGACCUGUGUGACUAAUAGACUGAAUUGUUAUAUCUGGACUGACUCUGUGAACACGUACAACAGUGACAGUGUACUGAUAAUGACAGACAUCCUAAAGUUUUGGUUUUCCAGUGGUGUCUCUGUAACAAAAUAAAAGUUUGAUAUCAAA